AUGGCGAACAAACCACUCUUGGAACAAAUUAAGCAGAUCAUUCCUCCCCUCUCGCCCAAGCUUCAUAAAGGACAAGCAGGACGUGUCGGAGUAAUUGGGGGAUCGCAGGAUUAUACAGGUGCACCCUAUUUUGCAUCCAUCUCGGCUCUACGUCUUGUGUGUUUUUCUUUUUGUCUCAAUCCGCCUGGAGCCGGCGCUGGGAUUAAAACCUACUCGCCAGAUUUAAUCGUUCAUCCUAUACUAAACGAGCGCGACACACCUGACAGUAUUAGGUCGAAGCUCGAGUCAAUUGUAUCCCGACUGCAUGUGCUUGUUAUUGGCCCGGGCCUGGGGCGAGACAAACACAUGCAAAAUGCCGCUAAAGUUGCUCUCCAAAUGGCCAGAGAAAAGGGAAUGUACGUGGUUAUCGACGCAGAUGGUCUCUACCUUGUUCAGAAUGAACCAGAGGUAGUCAAGGGUAACGAUCGGGCGGUCCUUACGCCUAACGUAGUAGAAUUCAAACGAUUGUGUGAAGCACUGAAAGUCGACACCAAGGGCGAACCCUCUUCAUUUGCGCCGCUAUUGUCAAAAGCGCUUGGAGGGGUAACGAUUAUCCAAAAGGGACCGACUGACUUGAUAGUGUCGGGUGACCAAGUUGAGGAAAUUAAGGAGCCCGGGGGAUUAAAACGGUGUGGGGGUCAAGGUGAUCUAUUGUCUGGAAUGACUGGUACAUUCCUUGCAUGGGGUAAAUCAUAUGUUGAGGGCGGCCUUGACGAGGGGGAUGCACAAGGCGAGAAGAUCCCAGAGCACCGUGUUCCUCUCCUUGCGGCCGCAGGCGCCUCAAUUCUAACGCGUGCAGUAAGUCAUAUAGCAUUCGAAAAGUUAGGUCGCGGGGUUAUAACAGGUGAUAUGGUUGGCGAGAUCGGUUCGGCAUAUACAGCUAAGUUCGGCGAGCAGGGAGAGAAAGGAUGGAAAGGCCGACUCUGA